AUGAUAAUUAUCGGGUUAAUCCUUAUUAUCUUGAUAAUUGCUUGUAUUGUUGGUAAUUUAUUUGUUAUCAUCGCAAUCAUCGUAGAAAGAGAUUUAAGGAACAGGCCUCAUUAUUAUCUAAUAUUUUCGCUAGCUGUUGCCGAUCUUCUCGUUGGUUUGAUAGUUACACCACUAGGUGCGUGGACGACAGUAGUUCGAUCGUGGAAAUUUGGUGUUAUUUUAUGUGAUUUUUGGAUAAGUAUGGAUGUCCUGGUUUGCACUAGUUCCAUUCUCCAUUUGGUUGCUAUUGCGUUAGAUCGUUACUGGAGUAUUACUGAUAUAACAUACGUGCAAAAUCGUACACCACGUCGGAUAUUUAGCAUGCUGGCCAUUGUAUGGGUUGUCUCACUACUAAUAUCUGUGGCACCAAUAUUUGGUUGGAAGGAUGCAGACUUUCUGGACCGAGUAAAAAAACAACAUGUGUGCCUAAUAAGUCAGCAAAUUAGCUAUCAGGUACUUUGUCAACCAUCAUCCUUCUCACUGUCUAAGUUAUUUUCACAUAAUCAAUCUCUUUUGAUUCUAAAAAUAUCAAAUAUCAAAGUGAUUCGAAUUAUAUUAUCACCUUAUUUCUCGGCUAGACCCUCAUUCUUCUUCUUCUAA